GCCUCGCUCUACAGGAUUUCAGCCGGUAGGCUGUCGGUCUCAGCCGGUGACAGUCGACCCUGAAACCUCUCAGGGCUCCGCGGAUUGUCCGCAUCACAUCAUUGCGCUUCCUUUUUUAUUUUAUUGAUUUGUGCGAUGGCGCGGAAAGUGAGUGAGAUUUUGGCUUGUGCAUAAAUGACUGCGGAGCAACAGGCAACUGGGUUGGGGAAACUCACUGAGGGUUGCUCGGCUUUGGAGGAACUGUUGCACAAAAUCCCGCUGCGAUGUCCCUGCUGUGCGUCAGAGUAAAGAAAGCCAAACUUCAUGGGCCGCCAGACAAAUUCAACGCCUACGUCACCUUAAAGGUCCAGAAUGUGAAAAGUACAACCAUCACAGUCCGUGGAGAUCAGCCAUGCUGGGAGCAGGACUUCAUGUUCGAGAUCAGCAAUCUGGACUCGGGUCUGGUGGUGGAGCUGUGGAACAAAGGUUUGAUCUGGGACACAAUGAUCGGUACAGCACUGAUACCGCUGGACACCAUCCAUCAGUCUGACGAGGAGGGACCAGGAAGUUGGACGGCUUUGGACUCGGAGGUGUUGAUGAAGGAGGAUGAGAUCUGCGGCACCACCAACCCUACGCCGCACCAGGUGCUGCUGGACACUCGCUUUGAGCUUCCCUUUGAUAUCCCAGAGGACGAGGCGGAGUACUGGACCAGUAAGCUGGAGCGGAUCAACACCAUGCAGAUCCACGAUGAGUACCCCUUACCAGGAGAGGUCCAGAGAAGAAGAAUGGCGUCGAUGCCGUCACAGUGCUGCAGUUGGAGUUAUUUUGGAUGGAGUGAUCAGCAAACGUAUGACGACCAUGACAGCGCCGUGGACGACAGAGACAGCGACUAUCCCAGUGAAACUGGGAACCGCCCACCGCGGUUCCACAACACUUCCCAGACAAAUUCAUCCGUCCAUCAGUACCCCAUAGGCCGUAGAGUCCAGCAUCAAAGCCUGUGUAGGGAGUCUGACUCUGUUCACAGUUACGAUCUAGACAAUAGAGAAACAAGGGCAAACAGUCCGUUGGACAGCAGCCAUUUUGACUCAUCAGGGAACCUGAGCCCCGUCAGUUCCCAGCUGAGCUCUGAACUCGAGGACCGCCACCCUCCAGAGUCCUGCCCUCCCAGCAGCACCCGUACGCCUCUGCGCAGUGAGGCCUCCAAAUCGUUUGAGGAGGAAGAGCUGGAGAAGGAAGUGAACGGACUUCCAGAAUCUGGUGUGAACAAAGACCGGAAGGAUUCAUCAGUUUUCUCCCCAAAGCCGAGCUUGGAGAAACAUGUUGACACAAAUCUAACAAAAACUUGUCUCUUUGAGGACGGCCCACCGCCUUGCUCUCCAGCUAAAGUUCGCUGGCUGAAAGCUUACAACAAAGUGAGGUUACAACUCCAUGAGAGCCAAACACAAGACGGUGACCCCAGCAAGCAGCCGUGGGCCAAGCCAGGGGCAAACACACCAUUUGGCAUUGACAGCAUGCCAGACCUCCGCAAGAAGAGGCCUAUCCCUCUUGUUAGUGAGCUGGCCAUGACCAUGAUUCAGUCCAGGAAGGCCAGACUGAACUACGCUCUGGUCACUCGGACCUCCCUAAAAGAUGAAGAGCUUAAAAACCACGUCUACAAAAAGACUCUGCAGGCUUUGAUCUACCCCAUCUCCUGCACCACGCCACACAAUUUCGAGGUGUGGACCGCCACCACGCCUACCUACUGCUAUGAGUGUGAGGGUCUGCUGUGGGGCAUCGCUCGGCAGGGUAUGCGCUGCGCAGAGUGUGGGGUCAAAGUUCAUGAGAAAUGCCAGGAGCUGCUGAACGCUGACUGCCUGCAAAGAGCGGCGGAGAAAAGUUCGAAGACGGGGGCAGAAGAUCGGACGCAGCACAUCAUCAUGGCUAUGAAGGACCGCAUGAAGAUCCGCGAGAGAAACAAGCCUGAGAUCUUCGAGGAGAUCCGGAAAGUGUUUGUCAUUUCUAAGAUGAUUCAUACUCAACACAUGAAGAGCAUCAAGCAGAAUGUGCUGGACGGCACCUCCAAAUGGUCUGCCAAGAUCACCAUCACAGUGGUUAGCGCCCAGGGUCUGCAGGCCAAGGACCGGACCGGCUCCAGCGACCCGUACGUCACCAUCCAGGUGGGGAAAACCAAGAAGAGAACAAAGACCAUCUACGGAAACCUGAACCCCGUCUGGGAGGAAAAGUUCAGCUUCGAGUGCCAUAAUUCAUCGGACCGGAUCAAACUCCGAGUGUGGGACGAGGACGACGACAUCAAGUCGCGAAUGAAGCAGCGACUGAAGAGAGAGUCGGACGACUUCCUGGGUCAGACCAUCAUCGAGGUCCGAACCCUGAGUGGAGAAAUGGACGUCUGGUACAAUCUGGAGAAGAGAACUGACAAGUCGGCGGUGUCCGGCGCCGUCCGCCUUCAGAUCAGCGUGGAGAUCGAGGGAGAGGAGAAGGUGGCGCCGUACCAUGUGCAGUACACCUGCCUUCACGAGAACAUGUUUCACUACUCGACGGACAUCGAGGGAGGCGGAAUGGUAAAGAUGCCGUCCGCUCAUGGCGACGACGCGUGGAAGGUCUACUUUGACGAAGUUCAGCAGGAAAUCGUGGACGAGUUCGCGAUGCGCUACGGCGUGGAGUCCAUCUACCAGGCCAUGACGCAUUUCUCCUGCCUGUCGUCUAAGUACAUGCUGUCAGGAGUGCCGGCAGUGAUGAGCACCCUGCUGGCCAACAUCAACGCCUUCUACGCCCACCCCACUGCCUCCACGAACGUCUCCGCUCCCGCCAGAUUCGCUGCCUCCAACUUUGGGAGGGAUCGUUUUGUGAAGCUCCUGGAUCAGCUGCACAACUCUUUGAGAAUCGACCUCUCCAUGUACAGAAAUAACUUCCCAGCCAGCAACAAGGCUCGACUCGGCGACCUGAAAUCGACGGUAGAUCUUCUCACCAGCAUCACCUUCUUCAGGAUGAAGGUGCUGGAGCUGCCGAGUCCGCCCAGAGCCGCCAACGUGGUGCGGGACUGCGUCAAGGCCUGCCUGAACUCCACCUACGAAUACAUCUUCAACAACUGUCUGGAGCUGUUCAGCCGCCAGUUCCAGCCUGCCGGCCCACAGCCUGAGCAGGAAAAGAAGAAGAAGAAAAAGAAGGAGAAAGACGAAGGAGAAGCAGAGAACGGUGAAGAGGAAGAAGAGGAGGAGGAGGAGGAAGAAGAGGAAGAAGAAGAGGAGAAAAAAGAGCCUGAGGAGCAAGGCCCGAGCAUCCAGAACCUGGACUUCUGGCCGAAGCUCAUCACGCUGAUCGUGUCCAUCAUCGAGGAAGAUAAAAACUCUUACACGCCCGUCAUCAACCAAUUUCCUCAGGAGCUCAACGUGGGUAAAGUCAGCGCUGAGGUCAUGUGGACUCUCUUUGCUCAGGACAUGAAAUAUGCUCUGGAAGUUUUGGAUAAAGUUGAUCACUAUCGCUGGAACAAUGAGCAUGAGAACCAUAAGCUGUGUAAAUCUUCAGACUACAUGAACCUGCACUUCAAAGUCAAGUGGCUGUACAACGAGUACGUGAAGGAGCUGCCCGCCUUCGCAGACGCUGUGCCUGAAUACUCCGCGUGGUUCCUCCAGUUUGUUCUGGCCUGGUUGGCCGAGAACGAAGAGGUGUCGAUGGAGUUCAUGUCCGGAGCUCUGGAGAGAGACAAGAGAGAAGGGUUCCAGCAGACGUCGGAGCAUGUUCUGUUCUCCAGUUCAGUGGUGGACAUCUUCACUCAGCUCAACCAGAGCUUUGAGAUCAUCAAGAAACUGGACUGUCCAGAUCCCACAGUGGUGGCCCAGUAUAACAGACGCUUCGCCAAGACCAUCACCAAGGUUCUGCUGCAGUACUGUGCGGUUCUGGCCAAGAGCUUUCCAUCCUACUGUGAGAAGGAGAAGAUACCCUGUGUGCUGAUGAACAACGUCCAGCAGAUGAGGGUCUUACUGGAGAAGAUGUUCGAGUCAAUGGGAGCAAAACAGUUGGAUACUGAAGCCGCCAACAUCCUCAAUGAACUCCAGGUGAAGCUCAACACCGUCCUGGACAACUUUAGUGCCGUGUUUGCCAAAAGUUUCCAGAAUCGUAUAAACGGCUGUAUGCGACAGAUGGCGGAGAUCCUCUACCAGAUGAAAGGCCCACCCAACCACAACACUGCGGAGGCGGACGCCGAAACAACGCUGAGGCCUUUAAUGGAGUUCCUGGAUGGGAACCUCAGCAUUUUCGCUGACAUCUGUGAGAAAACGGUGCUGAAGAGGAUCCUGAAGGAUCUGUGGAAGAUCGUCCUGAGCAGCCUGGAGCGGAUCGUCGUCCUUCCUCAGAGCAACGACAGCCUGGGAGCUCAACUCCUCACAGCAGCAAAAGGACUUUCUAAUCUCAAGGGAGGAGCUGAAGCUAAAACUCUGACUCCUAAGCAAUGUGUGAUUAUUGAUGCAGGACUGGAGACCAUCAAGCAAUACUUCCACGCUGGAGGGAACGGGCUCAAGAAGGCUUUUGUUGAGAAAAGUCCUGAGCUAGCUUCUCUGCGCUACGCGCUCUCUCUCUACUCUCAGAGCACCGACGCACUGAUCAAAACCUUCGUCACCACCCAGCAUUCCCAAGUGCAUGAUGGGAUUGGCAUCAGAAUCACUGGUAAUGAGAAGAUUAAACCCGACAGAGGCUCUGGGGUGGAGAAGCCAAUCGGAGAGGCUGUUCUGCAGAUCGACAUGCUGCUCGGAAAGGAACGCAAGAUCAACGUCAGGGUCAUUGCGGUGAACGACAUGAAGUGGCAGACCUCUGGGAUGUUUCGUCCGUUUGUCGAGGUCUCCAUGGUCGGCCCCUUUUUGGCCGACAAGAAGCGAAAGUUCACCACGAAAUCUAAGAACAACAGCUGGACCGCAAAGUUCAACGAGACUUUCCAGUUCGUUUUGGGUAAGGAGUCCCCGGACUGCUACGAGUGA